CCCUCCACUACCCAGGCCCACAGCACGACUCUCACUUCCGCCUGCCACAUUCCGACCACCCUCACCCUCACCAACAGCAUCAACAUCAACAUCAACAUCAACAUCAACAUCAACAUCAACUAAGUCAUCAUUAUCCACCUUCUCCUCAUCACCAACAACAUCGCCCCUCACAUCUCCAGGAUCCUCGGAAUGGUUACCCCCACCACCAGCAGCAGCAUCAGCACAACUCUCUGUCCCCCCCUCCUCCCCCUCCCCACAGCCACGACAACUACAACGACCCUCACCUCCAGUACACACCGCCUCACGAGCACGACCGCCAUCACCAGCAACAACAGCAACAACAACAGCAACAACAACAACAGCAACAACAGCACCACCACCACCACGCCCCGCCCCAGUGGACAGACAGCAAUAGCGCGGUGGGCGCGGCCAAAGCCUCCACACUGCCCACUUCCGGUCCACAGUUGAGCCCCUCCCAGCCGCGGGACUUCAGUCUGCCCAAGGUCUCCGCCAAGCCUCACCACAACCACCCCGGCGGCUGCACCAGCACCACCAACAACAACAACAGCAGCAACCACCGACCCAGCAGCGACACCGCGGCCAACGCCCCCCUCAGACGCCCCCAGACAAGCCCCGACGGCGCGGGCGCUCAGCAAGCCCUGAGCCUGGACUCUGCCAUGGACACCUCGGACCUGAUCCCCCUGUCCCCCGCCGGCGCCACUAGCAGUGUGGUCAACUCCCAGGACGGGAUGGUCAACUCCCAGGACGGGAUGGUCAACUCCCAGGAUGGGAUGGUCAACUCCCAGGAUGGGAUGGUGACCAUGUGUAGCAUCAACGCUGACCCCAGCAUCACAGACUGUCGCCCUUCGGACAAGAUCUCCCCGUCGAACAGCGAGUACCAGACAUCAGACUCGUCCGACGACAGCCCGGACAUGACGUCACAGCUCGGGCUGUCCAUGCACGACUCGACGCUCACCCUGGCGGCAUCCUUCGAGAAACACAUGGAGAGACUGCUGCACAAACAGAGGCUCAUGAUGGACCUCAUCGCCUCAGGG